AUGGAAUCAUUCGGGUCGGGUCUGGGGCCCGGGGCCGUUCACACGGCAGCUGGAAUCGCAUGUCACAUGAGCGUUGGCCUCAAAACCUCCGUGAAAUGGAGCUGUGCUUUCAUCCAACUCCUGAUUGGUGGGCAGAAAGUCGGGCGAAAACUGAUUCGUCCCCGAUCUCGGCCGCACUUGGUCGAGUUGGACGUCGAGCUCUCCCGGGUGGUCGACCGGGUGCCUGAAAAGAAAGAAGAACACUCAACAGGGUCGACACCACACCCUGCCCAGAUCGACAGGCGCAAAGCAAGCAUCAACAAUAACAACCUCGAGAUGGCAUUCCCCUCAAAUCGAUUAUUCUCUAACCUGAUCAAGAACGCAUCCAACAAUCACACUCGACUUCAAUUCACCAACAACUUGAAAGCCAACCUCAACAAGAGAACUUUCAAUCGUAGUGCCUCAAGCACUGCUCAACCUGAAUCCAUUCUCACAUCUCGAACAGCCGCUGUUGUUUCAUCUAUUCUAGCCGCAGGCUCAGUCACCUGGUAUACUCAACUAUAUGGAGUUCCAUUUUUAUCCGAAGCCAAGGCUAUGACUGCUGCCGAGCACGGCUUGCACCCACCUACAUUCGCAUGGCCACACAAGGGCCCAUUCGAAACUUUCGAUCAUGCUGCUAUCCGACGUGGCUACCAAGUCUACCGCGAAGUCUGCUCGGCUUGUCACUCUCUCGACCGAAUCGCAUGGAGAAAUUUGGUCGGUGUCUCACAUACAGUUGAUGAAGUCAAAGGGAUGGCAACCGAAGUGGAAUAUGAGGAUGGACCAGAUGACGAAGGUAAUAAGUUCACCAGGCCAGGAAAAUUGUCCGAUUACAUGCCGCGACCAUACCCGAACGAUGAGGCCGCUCGAUCAGCCAAUGCCGGUGCUCUACCCCCCGACUUGAGUUUGAUCGUCAAGGCCCGUCACGGAGGCGCGGAUUACAUCAUGGCUCUUUUGACCGGAUAUGUUGAUCCGCCUGCUGGGGUCGAAAUUAGGGAUGGGUUGAACUACAAUCCAUACUUCCCAGGAGGUGCGAUCGGAAUGGCCAGGGUCUUGUAUGAUGGAAUAGUCGACUAUCCGGACGGCACGCCAGCAACAACCAGCCAGAUGGCUAAGGAUGUCGUAACCUUCUUGAACUGGGCGGCCGAGCCCGAGCUCGAUCAACGAAAGAAGAUGGGAUUCCAAACGGUUAUCAUCUUGACAACCUUGACAGCCCUCAGUAUCUGGGUCAAGAGACUUAAAUGGGCUGGUAUAAAGAGUCGAAAAAUCGUUUACAACCCUCCUCCCCCAUCUGCUCAUAAACACUAG